AUGCCGAGCUGUACAGACUUCUUGCAGUGCCUCGACGAACGCCACAGGCUCCGUUACCUGGCAGAUGUAUAUCGCAUCCUGCGGCUGGCUGACAUUGCUGAUCCGAACGUGCACGCGGCUGCCAAAGAACAGCAGGAGGCGGUCCUGGCUGCAGCCGUAUCAGGAGCACCGGAGGGCACAGAGGCGGAGGAGGAAAAACGAUCGGGCCCCAGCCGAUCUUCCACCUAUUUGGCCAAGGAGGUUCAGCAGAGCCUCGCCUUGCGCCACGCGCAAGCGGAGGUCGCUCCUGAAAUCCUGCAGGUAACACCGGAAUGGAGGACACAGCCGAGCCAGUGCCAACGGGUUGUCGAUGCCAGGCAGUUGACGAUUAAUCAGGAUGCAUCUCCGAUGGUCGCCUUUGCCGCCGAGGCACGACACAAUCAGAUUAUCGGCGAAUUGGGAGCAGAACAUCAGGAGCAGCUCCGUGCAAUGUACAAUAGUGGGCUUGCAGAGGUGAACAAGUUGAGGAACGAAUUAGGCAAUGCUAACAUUGCGUUGUCGAUUCAGAGGUCUGAAAUGGGUCAAGGUGAAGUUCGUUUCCAACAAACCGAAAGCGCGAGGGAACUCGCUGUCAUUGAAGCCAACCGGCAAGCGGAAGCUGCCCGUAGAGCUUUAGAGGAAGCUAACAGCAAUGCCAGGCGCCUUCGCGAAGUGGAAACUUCUGCCCGUCAGAAUGAUGCAAUGCGAUCCCAUGAGGUCGCUGACAUGUCAUCUCGGAUGGAUGAACUGAUGAGGCAGCUUCACGCCCAGCGUCAGCAGACAGAGGUAUUGAUUCAGCAGAAUAGUGCAUUAAGCUCCAGGGUUCGAGAUUUCGAAGCUAGAGAUGCUGCUUUGAGGAUUCAAGAGGGAAUUCCACAAGGGCCUCCACCCGGCAUUCCCGUGCAUCCCAUUUCCACCCCGAAGCAUGGAGGUGACACUCCUACGGAACAGGCGACGGACGCCGGGAGGCGAACCCCUCCAGAUGGCUCCAGCCCAGGUGGCGGUGGUGGUGGCGGCGGACCUGAUGGCAACGGUGUGGCGGUACCUGCGAGGCGGAAGCCCCAGCCCGAUGAGGACCAUAAGAAUGAUUUGGUUCUUUCGCUUGAAGAGGCUGAGGGAUAUGCAAGGGAACUUCGGAUCAACGGGAAUUCGAGGAGAAUGAAAGCUACUGAAAAUGACGACUCGGUUGAAGAUGAAGUUGGCAGGGACUACAUAAUCAUCGGCGCUUGGAUUUUUAGCGGUAUGACUGGAAUCACAACUUCUGUAGACCGUCAUGCUCAGCUGACCAAGUACCUGAUCGCCUUCAUGAAGUCAAGAGGGUUGAAAGAUACCUUUACGUCCAUCUGCAUCAACCAUGGUGGCAAUCGCCGGGUGCAUCGAGACUUGUUGAAUCAUGAUGACUCGCUCAAUCACACUCUAGGCGUUGGAAGCUAUCAUGGUGGUUCCGUAUGGGUUGAGCGGAAGGACGACACUCCCGUAUUUCGCAGAGAAGGUGUAGCUGGUGGGAAAUCAAAGUGCGUCAAGGUUACGGGGGGACUCGAAGUCAAUGGAAGAGUAUACGACACUCAUGAUCGAAUGUUAUCCUUCCACCCCAAGCUUUGGCAUCAGGCACAGCCUUGGACAGGUGAUCGAUGGACCAUCACUGCAUACACGAUUCGGGAUGUAGACGGUUUGAGCUGGGAAAAGUCAAAGUCGCUAAUGUCGCUUGGGUUUCAGUUGAAUUCAUCAAGACGGUUACCAUUUGUUCCAUCAUUGAUUACCGGCGACAGCGAUGAAGAGCUCACACUUUACGACUUUGUGAAGAAGAAGAAGAAAGCCGAAGCCGAGAAAGAUAAGGAGCAUUUCGAUGAAGCCGGGGAGUUGAAAAGUGCCGAGGAUCAGCCACCUCCUCCUCCUGAUUAUACGGAGUACUUUCCUGAUGAAGGUGUUAUUGUUCGCCAUCAUAUGCAGCCUCGCAAAGCCAAGUAUGCUGUUAGCGCUGCGGAAGCAGACGUCUUGAACAUCGGCGACCUGCGGUUGACCGAACGUCAGCUUCUUGGAAGUACUUCUGCAGAAGAACAAUGGGAUGAUGGUUUCCGGGGGGGUAAGGCUUCGGGACUUUGGACGGGAACCACUUACUUGUUUGAUCGUGGUAUUGAUAAGCAUCAUGCCGUGGCUGCUGUUAAGCGCAUUCGUGACAAGAACACAGCUAAAAAGGAAGCUAGGAAACAGGCUUUCUAUGACAUCAGCCAAUUGUCGAGUGGCACCGGAUGCAUGAAACAACCCGUCAACAUCAUCGAGUAUGACAUGAAGUCUUUUCUUGAACAAGCUGUACAAAAGUACAAAGACCUUGCUGGCCCCAAGUAUCACACUCUCAAGUCAGCCUCUACUCCUUUCGCCGACGAGAAGAUCGCGAGGCCCAUCGACGAUGAGGCCGAGGCAAAGGGAUGGCUCGUUAUGAUCUUUUACGGGCUGUUCAGGGAUUGGCAAGCAGAGUCACCAAGUGGUCUGCUGAAUGCGCCUGCUUCGCCAAUCGUCGUGCCGGACAACCUCGAGAAGAGGAUCGAGCCCGAGAACAACGGGGUUCUCAUCGAAUGGGGACAUGAUCCGUCGUUCUCUCUGCUCGGAAGGGCAGACGAUAGUGGUAGCGGUAGCCCAUCUGUCGUUCGGGUCACUCAUAGCAUGGACCUUAACAGUACUCAGACGAGUAGGGACUUGCUCAAGGUCGUCAAAGGCUAUGCCAAGUCGAAUGUUCCCAUUACCGUUUGGGUUGACCUGCGCUUUGCGGGGGGUCCUGAUGAUCGCAAACACUUUGGCAAGCUAUGGUCUUCUUUCGUCAACUUAAGCACCGGAUUGGAUUUGAAUAACUGCCAUUACGUCGUUAUUGCUCCCUGGGAUCAUUUCUCAUGGAAGAUGGAUCGAGUUGUCAGGUGGUGUUCCAAUCAUGAGUGUACGAGUUUUGAACUUCUUGAUGGCGAAAGAUCAGGCAAUUUAGGUCAUUGGAGAUUGCAUACUUCCUACAAGAAUUUGCCAAUUGAAGUGAUGAACUAUUUUCAUGGCUGUAAGCUCAAGAACAUUUCAGAGCCACAAUUUCCUGUUCGACAAGCUGCUGUUGCGGUACAAGUUACUCUGAGCGAAGAUCCAAUAGGAAGCGCAGCAGUGAUGGCAUCCUCUUUGCCCACCGUUUCUCUGGAGGAGCGUCGCCGACGCAUCGAGGCUUUCCGCAGGGCUCUUAAGGACCCUGAUUGCCUCGCGGAAGCGAUGGCCUUUGAGGAACCGGCAUAUUUUAAGGAUGCCUAUGGCGUUGUGAAGGAGGCGUACCAGUACAAGCUGGUGGAGCCUGCGGAGUCUGAUCCGCCAGAGGCCAUUUUCCUCGGCCGUAUCCGAAACGGCGAGUGGAUUGGUCUGCGGAAGCAGUACCCCUACGCAGGUUUUCCCCUCCUGUACGAGAUGUGGCACCGCCAUUUCAACAGCCCGGCUCAUCAGGGAAUGCCGAUUGAGGGCUUCGAGCUCCAUGGCGAUUCCCUCCUGACGGAGUGGACAGAACUUGUCAAAGCUUAUCUCCGCGACCUGGCUUAUGUGGGGCAUGCCACAAACGCCGAACGGGCUCUCAAGGCCACUGAGCCGUUUGAUGUCUGUCACAGAGCGUAUGUGCUAUCCCAGGAAACCCUGGGCUACCACGAGUUAAUGCCAGCUGCCACGGCGUUGUUAGACUCGGUGUAUACUCCAGCCCUCCGAAGAAUCGAGCAUCAAGAGCAACCAAGCUCGUAUUUUAUUAUCGGAGGAGAUAGCUCUCUCGCGUUGGUGACCCGCGGCGACGGUGGACGCGUCCUGAUGAAGGGGACGAUGGAACCGUCACUCCGGGAGGAGAUGACCAAGGACAUCCGCAUGGAUGGAUGUUCGGUCGUCAUGCGCUGGGGGAAAGGACUUGGAGACAUCGUGUGGCACGUGGAACAAGAGCUCAACCGAGUCCAGAAGUGGAAGAACGGCCAGGAACCGCUCGCACCGGAAGGUGUCGACAUUAUCAUUCAAUGGGGUGGUAAUGACGUCUAUGGCGAGUAUGGUUACAAAGGCUUUUCCUUCCACAUGCGCAAUGCGUGGGUUCGUGUUGAUGAUGCAUUGCAUGACACACUUUCCAAUUGGGAGACCAAGGGACGCAAGGCCGUCGAGGACCCAAAAGAUGCCCUGGUCCGUCUCUCAUCCCGGAAGGGAGUGUCCUCUGUCACGUUGGUGGCUGGCCCCCACAAUGGGGAAUUCUAUGGUCUCCCGGAGGUCUAUGACCUGGAGAUGGCACGCCAUUCCGAUGAGUUGAAGGAGCGAGGGAUCCGCAUCGUUGAUCCCCAGGCUCACAUCCUUACGACAGAGCGUUACGAUGGGUUUCACAUGGAGGCUACCCACGACAAUGUGAAGGUAACCACCCGCUGGUUCUUUCACCUUUGCUCUGCAAUCAUGUUCGAGCGGUGGCUUGUGAAGCACGCGAUGGAACUUAAGGCCAAUUCGCGUGGUAUCCUCUUUCACAACCACUUUCACCUCGGACUCGGCUUGGAAGAGCUCGACAUCCCUCCUACCACGGACUUGCUCAUUCCGGCGGAAGCUGAGAUGGUGACUUUCCCACCUGAGGCACCGCCCGUGCAACGUUUCCCAGAGGAGGAGAUUGUCUUGAACCAGCCGAUCUUCAGCUUGGAAAAGCUUGACGAGCUUGAGGGUGUACCGCCCACUGACUAUGUCAAUGAAGUGGCAAAAGAAUCAGAGGAGCUCACGGUUGAGGACGUAGUGUCUCGUAACCCGAAUCCGGAGGACGAGCACCUCACCGUGGAAGCGGUUGACCCCGGCUCGGAGAUGGAACAAAUCGUUCGAAAAAUGAUUGAGUCGGUGAACCUGGUGAUGACGGAUAAGGAGGCUGAAGAGGUCGCCCAGGAGACGGGUGUUGCUCCAUACGAGUUUGUUGAGCCGAAUGUCACAGCUACAUCUGUCGUGGAUGGUGAGGCAGUCUCUACGAUUGCUACUUCCGACAUCCCGACGGAAGUCUUGGACUCUGGUCCGAUGGCUGUGGACUACGGCGCAGACGACGAAGUGGAGCAUCCCCGCGGAAGUGGUGGACCCAUCUGGCUUACACCGGAUCAGCUACCUGAUGUCAAGGGUCGCAUGGGAUACUUUCGCCUCAAUGAGAUGGAGUGUGUUUCGUUGGGCAAAAAGCUGUCGUGGCACCUGCGUGGGCAUGCCAAGGACAAGGGGUUCCGCACUGUUGAGUUCGACGAAGAGCAGUCAGCAGAGAUUGGUGAUGUCUUGAAGGUCAUUGGGAAACAGUGGUCCCGCCUGACGGUGAUGACCAUUAUUGACCUGUUGACAUCCGAUCACUGUGACAAAGCACGGUUCGAACUCCAGGCGGAAGCCUUGGACGAGGAGACACGGUUGGGCCGGGGAACAAACUGGCACUUUACCCGUGUCCGAGCAUUCCAAGGACACAACGCCUGCUUGCUCGUCCUCGGCAGUGACCCGCUGAAGACCACUGUCAAACAGUGGGCCCUCGAUGACCAAUGGAUCCCGUCCUAUGUUGAUCUACCGAUCACGGGUCCAUAUCCUUAUCGGGCAACGGCCUUCGAUCUGAUGCCAAAGCUGGCGUACCACGCCACAUACUGGCGAAAUUUCAUCAAGAUCGUCAACACAGGCCUCAUCCCGGGAGGGAAAAUGACCUCGAAGGGCAACAGCGGGAGGCCCUUCAACAUGUUCGCGAUGGAGCCUCAGUGGGAACGCACCUCCAAUCAGGGUGUCCGCCCUGGCGCGCAGCUGGAAUUUGUGAUAGACUUACAGCUCGCUGCUUGCGAUGGCUGUCGGUUUUUCGAGACAAAAGCUGGAGCGCUGCAGACGCCGGAUUGGAUCAGCACCCGGGCCAUUCUGUAUGCAUAUGACCGGUCGACUCAGGAGAUGAUCUGGGCGAACCGAGCAUACGAACCAGCGCGGAAGCGCUUGGCCCAGGCGUGCAAAGACAAGAGCCUCAACACGCCCAUUUAUGGCGAGCGGGGUCACCAGGAACUGAUUGAUGCAAACGGCUAUUGCUUCAACUACCUCGUGGCAGGCCUAGGGUAUCGCAAUUUCGACACCUGGAAAGACGCCGCUAAGGCAUGCAAGGAUGUCUACGACCUUGAUUUCUACCCAACAAGCAUGUGUGGUCUAGACAUUCGCAUCCCGGAAGGGCAUGCCUUGCAGGGCUCUGAGUCAUUGUACAAGAUGGUGGUUCACGUGGCUCCGAAGCAACCUCAUCAGAAAUGCAACGAUGAGUCGGAUUGGCGCCGCCAAGAGAAUGUCAGCAUUCCUUCUUUUGCUUGCCCGAGCUGCGGUACAUCCAACGUUGAUGGUACAAUCUGCUGCUAUCGAUGUGAGUCUCGACUGGAACCGCACUCAGAUGUGAGCAUGGCUUUGGAGAACACCCGUGCCAAGCAAGUUGCCGCCCGGAAGGGUGAGCCCCUGGAUUACAGGGCAUUGCAACCGAGCGGGGAGGUCAACUCCAAUCGGGCCACGGGCAACAAGAGGGAUCGGAGUGCUGGCUCUGGCCCAGCCGCUGUUCGCCAGCAGGCCGCUAAGUACCUCGGAAAGGCCUUGAAGGCGGGUUCUCGCACUGUUGUUGAGCGUCAGUCUCGUGAUCCGUUCACGGCCUACAACAAUGCAAGAUUUGGCAUAUCCAUCACGGGGCUUGAGCAACUCAUGAUUUUCGCCCGAAUGAGGAUCGCCAACCCGCCGAGGUCACGCCAGAUGAUCCAUGACCGCACUGGCUUUGACGGCGCAGCAAAGGUGAGCUUCUCAUUCCCACCGGAAGGUGAGGACCUGACACUUACGGAUCACUGCUUUGUGGCGUUCGUGGACAGGUUCUACAAGCUUGAUGAAGCCGCCUUGUUGGCGUUUGCCGUCCAUCGCAAUGGCUACGUCAUGGACAUCCUGGGCUUUAGCGGUCGCGUGUUGAAGCC